ACUUAUACCAAAACACUUUAAUAACCCAUCCAUCUGUCAAUGCUAAUCUUACAGCUUACUAUUUAUUUAUUAUUUAGUAUUCACAUUUUGAUCCCAGAUAAGUUGGGCUUUUGUUUAAUCAAUUAAUGCAUUAAUUUUUAAUAAUUAAAUUAGGCUACUAACUACUGCUAAUACAACAACACAACAAAUGUUCCUUAAAGCUUAACUUAAUUAACCUAACCCUGCCCCUAAUUCUCAAUUAUUACUAAAUAUAAAAUUAGAAUUAUUUAUUAUUUUAUAAAAAUAUUUAAUUUACCAUACUUUUUAUUUUUUGAAAAUAGCCCAGAACUGCUUUUCCCAAGUCCUUACAAAAAGCAAGCUGAUAAGAUUAAUUAAAUAUUUUAACUCUUUUUGUAUCUUAUCUUAUCGCUAUCUUAUCCGGCCUGAUUUGUGUUAUUUUUAAGUAAUUGGAAUCGUGCAAGGAAAAAAAUAUUCCUCCAUUCCAUUGCUCUAGUUUAAUGGUGUGCAAAUGUUCAGCUGUUGGCUGUAGGAGUGGUUAUAAUUCCAGUCGCAAAAGUGAUUUAGAGAACAACAUCUCGUUUCAUUCUUUCCCGUUGACUAACCCAGAACUUUGCAGUAGAUGGGUGGCAGCCUGUCGUCGCAAACAUUUCCAACCAACCAAAUACUCUAAGAUUUGCUCCCUGCAUUUCCUUCCAUCUGAUUUUUCUUACUCUUGUUCUGAUUCCAACUUAUGCCGUAGAAAGAAGAAACAUCUCAACGAUGAUUUGAUGAGAAAAAGAUUGAAGGCAAAUGCAAUACCAAGCAUUUUUCCAAAUGUUUCAUCUACUAAAUUCAAUAAACAGUGUCAUGCACACAGGAAAAUUCCAAUUGAUGAUGACCACAUUCUUUCUGUCAUCGAGAUCAAACCAACUGAACCAGCCUUCCAGUCGGAGUUUGAUGAAAAAAUUGAGGAGUGUGAUGAAGAUGCUAGUGAUUGUAAAGAUGAGCGAAGCUGUAGAAGAAGAGGUGGAUAAAAACAUCAAAGACAAUGAGAAAAUGAUUAUUGCAAAUGAAUCCAUCGAGGUGUUGCGUGACAUUCAAAAUGAUGAAACCUACAUAGUCAUCAACCCGAAAUACACUGAUCCUGUCAGCGGUGAAGUCAUCAUCGAGGUAUGCAGAGAAGGAACUAUGAAAAAUUCAGAUGAUGCACAACAAGAUAAAACUGAAAAAUUAAAAGGUUCUUAUAAAUUAUACAAGUGCCCUAGUUGCAACCUGCAUUCAUACAACACAGAGGACUUAUUAAUACACAAUGUAAAGGAACACAUUAAGAAACAUGACGUCAGUUCUGAUAUCAACAACACCUCAACAACCAACAACAGCAGUACAGUUAAUGCAGUUGAACAAUACUCGUGCAGAUCAUGCAUGCUUUCAUUUGUUACAGCUGGAGAUCUUAAAACACACAACAAGGUGCAUGUUGGGGAGAGACCUUUCAAGUGUUCUGUCUGUGGCAGAUCAUUCAAGGACAACAAUUACUUUCGUCUACACUCAAAAAUCCAUUCCAAGGAUAGAACCUAUCCUUGUAGAAUCUGUAAUGAGCCUAUUCAAUGGGACCAGUUGAAAGACCACAGGGAAACACAUAUGAAUGAAAGGCCGUUUGAAUGCACUGUUUGUAAGAAAUCAUUCAAAUUGCGCCAGCAGUUACGAGCCCACAUAAAAUUGCAUGCACGCGAAAACAGGAGUGUGUGUGAAUAUUGUUGCAAACUGUUUGCAUCAGUUGAGGAAUUGAACUCACAUGUGGCAAGCCAUGUCAAGGAUAGGCCAUUCAAAUGUUCCAUUUGUCUUAAGUUACUCAAGUCCAAAUUCUCCCUGGAGUAUCACAUGAAGUGGCACCAGGAGAGAAAGCAUCUUGUAUGUGCAGUCUGCCACAAGUCAUUCACACAUCGGCAUAAGCUGAAGUCUCACGUGCAAAUUCACCAGGAAAAGAGAAUCAAGCCUUUUUCCUGCAAGAUAUGCAACGCAUCUUUUGUUUCAAAGGGCAAUUUAUCAAAACACGAAGAAAUACACAACGACAUCCUACACACCUGCACUCUCUGUAAUAAAUCCUUCCAGAAAAAAAGCAAUUUGGCCAGUCAUAUGAAAACCCACUCAGAUCAACAGCCUGAAAAACGUCAUACGUGCGACAGAUGUGGCAAGUCGUUUGGCACGUCCCAUAUUUUAAAAGUCCACAUGAGGAUCCACACAGGGGAACGACCUUACACCUGCAAGAUUUGUGCUGCCAGGUUCGCUCAAAAAUCCACGCUCCGCUUUCACAAUAAAUCACACGACCUACUACUAUUUAAAUGUGACACCUGCGAUCUUCACUUCAAAAAAGUGUCCUCUCUGGAGAAGCACCGAGUAAAACAUACCAUGACAAAGUGUAAGAUCUGUGAGAGGUCAUUUUUGAGCAAGAAGAGUAUAAGCAAGCAUAUGAAACUGCACACUGGCCUAUGGAUAUUCAAAUGUACCUUCUGUGAUAAAUCCUUUGAGGUGAAGAAGUGGCUUCACGAACAUUUGAAAGUUCAUACAUCAAAGAAACAACGCCUCCAUAAUAAUAAUAAUAAUGAUGAUAAUAAUAAUGACAAUAAUAAUAAUAACGAUAAUAAUAAUAAUGAUGAUGAUGAUGAUGAUGAUGAUAAUAAUAAUAAUAAUAAUAAUAAUAAUGAUAAUAAUAAUGAUAAUAUUAAUGAUGAUAAUGAUAAUAAUAAUAAUAAUAAUAAUAAUAAUAAUAAUAAUAAUAAUAAUAAUAAUAAUGGUAAUAACAAUGAUACGUUCGCAGUUAUCAGUAUGGGAGUGAUCCUUUAUGAUGAUGCCAUUUCUAAUGUUGAUGACGCCGUUUUUAAUGUCGGUGAUGUCACCGGUGAUGUCACGUCUCGUGUCGAUGACGUCAUUUCUAACUUUCAGGGCAGCAGUGUCUGUCUGGUUUGUGCUUUGAGAUACAUUCCUCUUUAUGUUGUUUUCAGAUUUUAA